AUGAAUAGCGACGAUUCAUCCGAUAGUAGCAUUCUUUUUUUUCAAAAUCUCAUCGAAGAAGCCGAACUUCAAGACACGGGCACAUCUAACCAAAGGAGAUAUAUUGAACGUCAACGUGAGGAGGGGCAUGAGACACUAAUGGCGGAUUAUUUUGUCGAAGACUCGAAAUACAACGAAGAUAUUUUUCGGCAUAGGUUCCGUAUGUCGAAACGUUUGUUUCUAAAAAUUGUGGCCGACGUGGGAGAGAACGACUCGCGGUUUCAAGAGGCCCUCGAUGCGCGAGAUAGGAAGGGCUUUACGUCGUUGCAAAAUGUGACAUCGGCUAUUAAACAGCUCGCAACUGGUAGCACUCCAGACGAGAACGAAGAGUACUUGCAUAUGGUCGAAAGAACUUCCCGCGAGUGCCUAGAAUAUUUUUGCGACACGGUUUGCAAAAUAUAUGCUCCCGAGUUCUUACGUAGACCGACAAGCCACGACAUGGCACUUUUAUACGAAGCUCAUGAGGAAAAACAUCACCUUCCAGAGUAUCGAGGCCAAUAUAUGCGAGGAGAUCAUCGAUACCCGACUGUUAUGCUCGAAGCGGUUGCAUCUCAAGACUUAUGGUUUUGGCAUGCUUUUGCCGGUCCAUCGGGUUCUCAAAACGAUAUCAAUUGUGGUUAUUUGCUCGCGGAUGGAAUCUACCCUCCGUGGUCCGUGUUUGUGAAGUCGAUUCCUUACCCUCACGAAGUAGACCAAAAGAAAUUCAAGAGGCAACAUGAGGCGGCAAGAAAAGACGUCGAACGGGCUUUUGGUGUUUUGAAGUCGAAAUGGGGUGUAUUGAGUCGACCGAUGCGAGCAAGAUCUGUUAGAAAAAUUAGGAGUGUUGUGUACACGUGUAUUAUUUUACACAACAUGAUUUUGAUAGAUGACGGAAAGGCGAUAGCACCGGUGCACAUUCGGGAUCCUCCGGUCGAGCGGGCUCUAGACGAUACGGUGUUGGGCGAGUUGAUGGAUGAAGACACGCAUUGGAGACUAAAACACGAUCUCAUAAAUCAUCUCGCAAGUCAAGAUUUACCCCACCUUUUGGUCGAAUCCGACGAAGACUAG